AAACAAGAUGGCGUCAAGAUUGGAGCGUGAUAAUACUGCAUUAGCACUGUUUAAAUGACAGUCUUUUGCAAAUUUGUGUUGUGAAACGACAUUCAAGUCAUUUUUAAUUAUAUGAUCAAAUUAAAUUUUAAAUUUGCAAAUCAUUCAUAUUUUGCAAUUGCUUUUUUUUUGUUAUAAAAGGGAUAUAAACAUAAAGCUAUCGUUGAGUGGUCAAGGCCGCAAGUAAGAAAGUCCGAAGUUAACUGGACAACUAUUUGCGAGUGCGGAGGUACCAGUCCUAAAGCAGCGCAAAAAUGGACGGUACCGACGCAUUUAACGCAACCGAUAGUAACUCUGAAUUAGAUUUGGAAAUGAAGGAGCGCCUAAAAGGUAAAUAUAAUUAAAAUAAUAUGAAAAAGAAAAAAAAAAAGCUUAAGAAAGGUGUAGCCACUGUAGCUGUGACCACAGUGAGUACCACCUAGCUUUGCUUAGACGUCUUUAAAGUACGUCCCUCUCCGACUUGCUGGUGUCCUAAAUCCGGCUUGCCUGGCUGCCAUACAGAUACCCAGGUAAUAAAGUUGUGAACGGGUACUCAAACUGCAACUUGCUAACAUCUGAAAUUUCCAACCAGAUCCAUACUAAUUUAUGCAAACUUUUAACCAUAAGUUGCAUUUUGCAUGAGGAGUGAGGAGCGAUAACCGGGUGACACAACUGUCACUGUGGGGAAGGUUGGCACCAAAUGGAAACUAAAUUUAAAAGAGCUCUAUAAAGUUGCUUCAUAAGUUAAAUAUAAGAGCAGAGUUCCAUACGAAUCGAGUGACACUUGACCUGAGUAGUUGUAGGGUACUAAUACUAACAGUGAACAGAAAAGGGUACCACCAGAGCAGGCUGCAGGUGCCACUGGACAAAGAAGAUUUGUAGGAGGGCAAUGGGGAAUCCUGGAGGAGGUGACAUAAUGAGUUUGCCACACUUUUUUUACACCCACCCUAAUGAUGCAUCUGGAGAAAGCAGAUUCUGAGAAGGUCCAUGGAGAAGUCUGAAGGAGGUGACACCAUGAAUUUACUGCACUUUGUUACACCAACCCUAGUGAUGCUAAAAACUCUAGAUGUAUUAUUUCCAGAAGAAGAAGUUUUCAUAAAAAUCAACAGGCUUUUGAUAUAAUUUUAUUUGUCUUUUUAGCCCUAAUUACCCCCAUGAUUUUCAUUUUUAUCCCACUUGGGGUAUUUACCCUGGUUCACUGACCCCUGAUUAAACAAUAAUAUAGAGCAAUUUAUAGCCUAAUUUUUCUCUUUUUCCCUCCUUAAAUAAAAGAGAGUAUUGAAUAUAAUCGAGUUAUAAUGCCCAUUUAACUGAUUUCGUUAGUAUGGUGUUUCUCAACCUUUUCUAUAUGCUGCACCUCAUACAUUAGGAAAUGGGGCAGUCGAGCCAAAGCUCUAAUUUCCCUCCCUAAGCCAGAGUAUGGGGCUGUGAAGCGGCACUUUGGAAAUCUCCCUUGCCCAGACAAACCCCACCAGCAUCCACUCGAUCAGGUACCAGUGGAGGCCACCUUAGCCCUAGGACAUCUGGUUGGCCAGUGACACUGCUCUCACAGCGUCACCAGUCGACUUUCCCCAGGGGGUCGGGAUGGUAUAUUUACAUACAUACCGGGAAGCGUCAGACACCCUCUAAUAGGGAUUUCUACAGUGGGUUUCUACCUCACAACUAAUUUACGAAGCAUCUGGGACACAACGGUUGCCUAUGAACAGCUUCCUCAAUGCUGUGUAAAUAGAAUCAUCGGCAUGAUGUUACCACCACCCACCCCAUGUCUCAUAUCCAUUAACUGCAACAUGUAAUCAUGAUCCCUACCCCAUUUCUGCCUUUUAUUUCCAACUGCAGAUUUUCCUGAGUCGUUAGCCCUGUAGAUGCUACCAUUUAUGGCAGAUGCCAUGCAUGGCCUUUGUCUGCCCACAUAGGCACAUCAAUGGUAACACAGAGGGGGGUCUGUGGCAGCGCCUCUUUAGUCAGCAAGCCACUUGUCAACCAGAGCACCCCCUACAAAGAAUUUGACUAGUCUCUCAUCCCCUUAAAAAAUAACAAUGCGUUAAAAUAUGAAACUAAUGGACUUCUAAUUUAUUUACUGCAAAGAUUAUUGUAGAGCUUAGAAAAUAAUCUUGUACCUUAUUACAUAAAGGAAAAUGUUAAUGUAGAAAUGUUUAAAAAAAUAUAUUAACAUAUAUAUCAUAACUUAAAAUCUAAUGUGUCCUCUGUUCUUUUAACCCAUUUUCCUUGCAAACCCUGGGGUGGCUGGCACCCCAGGUUGGAAAACCCGGCUUUAGUAGUGGAGAAACCACUAAUAUAAAAUUCAUUAUGAUAACCCUGAAUUACCGUAGGCUUCCAUUAAAAUAGGUGUAUGUUUAAUUAAAUAGGGUGUUCAGUUAAAAAAAUACAUCCAUAUGCUCUGGGAAUAAGGACUGUCUGAAUUUCAUGAUUAUUAUAGAAUAAAUGAAUUUACACAUUCUGAUUAUGCCAAAGAUCUUAAAUCAACAACUCACUUUUCAGAGCCUCAUAAUGUUUGGAUUUCCCCUUAUAGUGCACCAAUAAUUUUUCCUAUAAGCUAUUUUAUAUCCAUUGCAACUCAUUAGCAAUAAUAUUUGACAGAAAAAUAUUAUUUUUAUUUACAGAAGUUCACACUUGGUGGGAAGUGCCAGCAAUAGCUCAUUUCUGUUCUCUUUUCAAAGCAGUAUUUGGCUUCAGUGACUUUGAUAUUGAGGUAUAUUUGUGUAAAAGUAUCUGUCUAGGAUUGAUAUAUUUUCCAUUCAAGAUUGUAUAACAAUUCAUCCCUUAUCAAGCAAGAUUCUCUUGCAACAUUAAAAAAAUAUAACUGGAAAUGUUAUAUUUUGUUUUUUAAUCCGCCUUGUGUUUUUUUCCCUUCUUUUUAAUGGUGGUUUGACUUAAAUAAAUUUUGUCCUCAGGAUUUAGAGGAGGCUCUUCUGACAUCACCAGCCCUUGGUGGAAGUACACUUGUUGUUGAUAUCAUAUGUCAGCUGUUAAAUGGUUGCUAUGCCAGAGAUGACAUUAAGUAGGUUGAGCUACUUUUGUUCUAUUUUUGUUUAUGUAACUACCAUUUUCAUAUAUUAUUAUAUAUAUGUAUAAGUGCUCGUUUAAUGUGAGGCAUGGCUUUUAAAAUUUUAUUUAAUGUUUAAAUGAUCUUCACUUGCUUUUAUGCAUUUACAUUUAUUUGAGGCCUUCUGUUUUCAGAUAUUUCAAUUAUGACCUGUUUUUAAAAGACAUCUUCAAACAGAGAUGGCAACAAGAACUUGGCCGUGUUAAUCCUCUCUCAGAUACUACUUUCCUAGAUUUGCCUGUACGUCAGAGAGUUGAAAUCUUACAUGCUCUUUGUGACUUUAGACUUGAUGCUGAUGAUGUUGCUGAAAUGCUUAAGGUGAACAUUCAAGUUCUGUCUGUUUUACUUUCUAUUCAGUCAACUUUCUCUGUUCAUGGAUAAUUUUUAAGUAUUCCACUGUGUAUUUGGAUCCCUAUCUGCCCUAGAGAUAUUGUUUGUCAAAUCUCUCUGACUUACCCUCAAUUAGAAAUGAUAUGGUUGUCAUAUAAAAUUGAUUCUACGAAGUUAAAGACAUUUUAUGAUUAUUGCAAUCUAUUAACAAAUUUUUCAAUGAUAGGUCAUUUGCAAGUUUUUUAUUUGUAUGCGAUUAAAUAUACAGUUUUAUUUAUUCUGCAGAAAAAAAUUAAUCUAAUUUAAUUAUCCAUGUAAUAAUCUGAUUCAAAUUUUUCGGAUCAUUAAAAAUCUAAUAAAUAAAGCCAUUUAUCAAAUUUAAUCAUAUAGAUUUAUGUUAAGAUAAUCAGCCAUGUAUGUGUUUUCAUACAUGUAGAAUCUACAUUCACAAUAAAUGCAGAUUUUCUCAUGGAUUCAUUCAUCCAUCAGCUAUCUUAGACUGACUUUUACAGUGGUAACAAGGUUAGAGCUGAGAACCCUGUAUUGAGAGUGCUGAGACUCUUUGGGGAAAUUUUCUUUAGUUAAAAAUUCAUACAGCCCCUGAGGGUGCAGUUUAAACUAAGUCAUAUGAUACUAGUUACAGGGGCUGUAAUACUUGUCUCAUUAUCCUACGAUUUUAUGAUUUCAUAUGAAAAUAAUUAUAACUCUAUUUCCAUGCUUUUGUUCUAUAUUUUUUUUUUGAUUAAGUCAAAUCAAAUGAAAUUAUUGUGCUUUACUAUUAUAUUCAUUUCUAUUAUAUUUUUACAAAUCUAUUUUUGGUUAGCAUGUCUUUUGCAAACCUGUUGACAGUCUUAAUUAUAAUUUAAGUCUCUAAUGCUCUUUAAAUGGGACGAAAACCAGAGCUUAAGGAAAUGUCUAUUUUAUAACCCCAUAAUUUAGAAUUUGAUUCUUAUUGUAUCUUCUUUAGGUUUUCAUCAGCGAAAUUUACUUAAAUUUUUUAGACAUAUGCCAGUACAUUUAAAUAGUUAAGUGAAAAUCAAGGUUGUUAUAAAAAAUAAUAAUCAAAAUAUUUAUUCCUUUUUUGUUAUAAAAUGAUUGAUAUACUUAACUCUUAUAAUAAAUUUCUUUAUCAAGGGUCUAAGUGGGGAUAGCUUACGUGUGGAGCCACUGGGUGUUGAUGGUAAAGGGGCAAAGUACUGGUACUUUUAUGGAACCCGGUUGUACAAAGAAUUGCUGGAUAAUGAGGAAAUUGAACAUAUGUAAGUUUUCUUCAUAGUUUUGUACAUAUAUAUUUUAUGAUUAUUUUUAUCUGCAGAAGGUUGCCUGUCCAUUCACCCAACCCAAAAUCUUUAUUAAAAACUUAACUUUAAAAAAACACCAUAAAUUUAGCUGAGACAUUGGAUUUUCAGUUUUGAGAAUGGUCAUACUUCAUAAAAAGUAAUACAUUAUAAGAUAAGAUUCUUUUAUUGAUCCAAACAAAUGGAAAUGUUUUAUGAUUGCAUUGUACAUUUUCAACACAUAUAAAAAAACAAUUUGAACACAAGACAUUUGUAAUAAAUUUUUUCACUAGCAGCCAUUCUGUGAGUUCUCUUAGCCAUAUCAGGGACUUAUUAGUUCUCAUUAAGAUUUGUGACUUCAGGUGGAGCAUGCUGGUAAAUUCGUACAGAUUGGGGAACAAAAGAAUUUUUAUACCUUUCAAUCCUCGCCCAGAUGGAAAGAAUUUGUCCCGAACGGGCCGAUCCUAAGUAUCUGUGAUGAAUAGGGUGGGAUGCAUCUUUCAAAAUGUGUUUAGUUUUACAAUAACAUCUUUCUUCAAAUAGUUCUUCCAGUAAAGGAUGUUAUGUGUUAUGUUCCUAGGUUUCUUGAUUAGUCGGUUUAUGCGGUGUUUAAUAUCAGACGUUGAAUUCCCACACCAGCGGGCAAUACUGAAAUUAAGUAGGCUUCCAAUUGUUGCACUGUAGAAUAAGUUAACGACUUGUUUGUUUACACCGAAAUUGUACAGUUUUUGAGAUAGAACAGUCUUUGGUUGAAUUUCUUAUACAGCAUUUGGCUCAUGCCAUAUUAGCUUAUUAUUAAUGGUGACACCUAAGUACUUAUAUGCCUCUACUUUCACUACACUUAGAUUUUUUAUGCUGAGAUCUGUAAUCUGGUUUUUCCCCCUCCUGAAAUCAACAACCAUUUCCUUUGUUUUUGAGACAUUUAGCUGGAGAAAAUUUUCAUUGUACCAAUUGAUAAAUUAAGUUGCGGUGUAAGCCUUCUCCUUCAGAAAUUAAGCCAGCGAUGGUGGUAUCAUUAGGGAAUUUUUUAGAUUGGAACAGUGUCACUUGAGCUUUGAAUAUCAUGUAGGGCAAACAAGAUGAUGACAACCACCCAGGCAAACCCUCCCUUCCCUUGCCUGCCCAUCGUUGGUCUCGAGACAUGCGCACUGCGGUGGAGCUACCACCCCCCCCCCUCUGCACCACCCUUGCUUGCCAGCCAUGCACACACCCCAACAAGCUCGCAGCGUAUGGUAAGCCGCGGGUCGGCUAUAUUUAUGGGCGUGAAAUAAAAAGUUUGCAGUGACGUAUCAUGAAAAGGGGGGGAAUGGGUGUAGCAAAAUUGGCAUUCUUAAAUGUGUGUAACUUGAGUUCACGUUUUUGUCAAGUAACUUUAGUAGAUGGGAAGUUCACGCAUUGCUGUCGCCAAUUUUUGGCGGGCUAUAUCUAGUUGGUAUAUAUUGUAUACAUUAUGGGGAAAAGAACACAGCCUUGUGGCGCCCCGGUGCGUAUUUCUCUGGUUAGAGAUAAUUGGUCAUUUACCUUAACAUAUUGUGGUCGAUUUGUUAAAAAGUUCAGUAUGUAAGCCUGAAUAUUAAAAUUUACACCUAAUGAGGAAAGUUUCUUUAUCAUAAGGUGUGGUUGGAUAGUGUUAAAUGCUGAGAAGUCUAAGAAUAGCACUCUGGCAUAUUUUUUUGGACUGUCUAGGUGAUGGUAAAGUCUCUCCAACAAUAGUAAGAUAGCAUCCUCUGUACUUCUGGCAGGUUUGUAAGCAAAUUGGUGGGGGUCAAGUUUUUCCUGUACUUCAUUGCAAAAUUUGUCUCAGAAUAAGACAUGGGGGCUUCUCACCCGUGAUUGGUAAUGAUACAGUCAUAAGAGAGCAUGAAAUUGUAGUAGUAUUCAAUUGUGCUAAAAGAUUUUGAAUUUUAACCUUUUUAAUCUUACAAUGUUUGAUGCACAUGGUUUGGCACAUAAGCUUACCUUUGCAAUGCAUAUGGUAUACAAGAUAUUGGAAUACAUAUAGGGGGACAUGCUGUAAAUCUGCAAUUUAAGGCUGGGGGAAUAGCUGGAUUUCUUUGGUUAACUUUCUGUGUUCUUUUCGAGUUGAACUCGCACUGAGGUCACUGUUUUCGUUUUUUAAUAUUCCAAAUUUGUUUGUUCAUAUUCUUUAACAAGGACAAGCAAAGGAAAAAGAAAACUGAAGCAGCAAGAAGUAGUGGAUGUUAAUCUAGAGCGUGAGGAAAAUGACAUUCUUGGUGAAGAACAGGGUGCCGACAAAACAAAAAGAAACCCAAUUCUAGCUGCUGUUCCACGAAUGGCUGAAAAAGAUGCCAUAGAGGAUGAAAUAGAGGAUCCAGAUGAGGAUCUCAAAGACCAGGACAUGGAGGAAAAAGUAGAAAUUCCUCAACCUGAAGAAGAUGAAGAGGAUGAAGCUCAGAAAGAGUUGGCGUAAGUUCAAUUCUCAUCUUAAUUCCUCAUUUUAAUGGUGUUUUAGACCUGUUUACUCUUGCCAUUUUGGCGUACAAUAUAGGAAUUUGAGCUGUUUUUACGAUUGUAGGGAAAGACCUGUCACAACUAUGAUUUUAAGAGACUAGGUUGAAAAUAUAUACAUUACAGUAAUUUCAAUGAAAAGGUAAUAAUUAAAGGGUAAAUUUUCGGUUGUUAGUUUCACCUGCUUUCUAGAUCUAGCAGUGAAUGGGCAGAGAAAUACGAUUGGUUGGGGAUCAUCUAUAAUUGUAUUACGCAACAUGAUCAUAUACAGUCGACCCCGCUUAUCUCGACCUCUUUUUACUUGCCAACCCUGUUAUGUCAAUGUUUUUUAAGUGGAACAGCCAAAUUAUCUCUUUGUCUAAGCAUUUUCUCCUCGGUUAUGCCAAUUCUUUUAUGUCACUCUGAACCCUGAUAUCUCGAGCACUAAAGGCGGCCAAAUUUGCAACUUUACCUUGGUUAUCUCGAUCCCCAUGACCAAUCGCCGGCUUUUUAACUCCGCAAAAAGAAAUAGUAAACAACAAAUAAACAAGUUUUUCAUAAUUAAAAAUAAUUAUUUAUUUCUCAAAAUACAGGACUUGUGUUUUAGAAUGAACCUACAAGUAAUUUAAAUAAAUAUGUUUUAAUUUGAGUUUGAAAAACCGGAUAGAGUCCAUAUUAUAAAUUCCUUGCCAUGUGCAAAACGUUGUCAUGGGUAGCCAUUCAUAGUCACUUGCAUAAUGGCUAUGCAGUGGAACUACGUCAGAGUUUCAUUCAUAGAGUUUGCCGUGAGCAAAAGCUAUUAACCCAUUGGUCAGGGAAAGCUUUAAUUAAAUAGUCGUGCCAAAGUUGAAAGUUCAAAAUAAUUAGUCCCUAAAUAUUAUGUUAGUGAUAAGGGGAUGUGUUUCCUUAUAAAAACUAUACAGGCAUUGCGCAAGACACGAUCAGCAGAAUGAGAUCACAAAAUCUGGAGGCUUCGUUCAUAGUAGAAAAUACCAAACGAACUCACACUUUAAACAUUCUUAGCUCAAAAAGUACUAAAGUUAAAAAGUUUAUUCUGAUUUCGUUUUAUUUAAUUUGAAAUUUGCUUUAAAUAACUGUAAUAUUGAAGUACCUGCAUUUAUUAACAGACAUCAUGUACAUAAAGAAAUUUCAAGCAUAUGUUAAUAUUUUGCCGCCAUAUUGGUUUUUGUUUAUCUAGAUCAUCGGUUAUCUCGACGCUUGGCAAACCAAUGCCGUUGACACAACGGGGUUCUACUGCACUUGCUUUGUGUUUUUUCAUAAUGAACUCACUAGACACUGCAACAGUAAUAUUAGUGUGGUUGCCUUAGUGACAAAAUUAGCCAAUCAUCGCUUUUGUUUUCUUCAGUGCUGUCUGACGUAAUUUUAUAACAUAAUGAUUUGGUUUGGCUGAAUAGCGGUGAGUGCAGAAACAGAGAAAACUAGAGAAUACAUUCUCAACUGUAACUCGCAGCAACAUUAGAUUUCAACAUAUUUUAUAGGAUCUGAGAGGGCUGUUGAAAUAUAUUUUUAGAACACAAAAAACCGCUGUACGAUUUUCAAUACCCCAUUGGAUACCAACACUUCUCUUCCUUUCACACAUUUACAGCUUAUGAUAUUUAUCAGACAAAAUAAAUUAGCGGGACACUUGCUUAAUGGAUAUCGAUAUAUUUUUUUUUAAAACCAGCUUUUCCUAAAUUAUACUUUUUAAAUCAAUAACCAGUUUUUCCGUAAUUAUUAAUCUCAAGUUACAUUUUAGGGUUUUUAAAUGAUGUCAUCAUUUGUUAAUUAAUUCUCAUUUUAAUAAAUUUUACUUUAUGCUGAUCUGACUUCGAGUUUGAACUACAUCAAAUUUCGCCAGUAACUUUAUUUUGAACAGUGACAAGCAGUAAUAAUGGGAUCUUCACGUUCACUCAAUGUAAUACACGUCUGGAAAACAAAGUAACGGAAGAUUGCAAUAUAAACAUCAGUCAUCUACUUUUAGAAGUUACCUUUUUUGACAUCUUAACUCAUUCCCACUAGACAAGCAAUGCGAGUAGUUAUUGUAUACAUUAAAUAUACUAUAUGUUUAUUAAUUUACUACUAAGAUACUGUAUUGUACAAUUUUGAAAUAAUAUUGUACGAUUUUAGGAUUUUAAGGGUAAACAGAUCUGGUGUUAAAUGUUCAGUGAGAAAUUUGCAAUUGAUUAUAUUUUUCUGGUCACUUAUUUUAUUAAAAAGGAUUUCUAAUAAGAGCUCUGGUAAUUUUUAUGACCAUUGUUUCUUUAUAUCACCUUGUCUAAUGUGGUUCUUGAAAUGUGCACGCUAGUUGCUUUAUUUAAUUUAUUACAUUUCGCUUCUUAGCUUAUGUUAUGAUGUAUUGGUGUAGUGGUAUCAAAAUAUGUAUUUUCAAAAGACAUUCUUUUCAUCGUGGCCUUUUUCUAAAAAUAAAAAAUUAACAUAAUUAAUAUAAUAAACCCAUGUAUUAAAAAUGAACUGAAGAAAAUAAAAUAUUCUUCGUGUAAUUAGAAUACUUUUUGUCUAUAGAGAGGCUCUUCAAGAGAGUGACGAUGAUGUGAUGGAUGAUGAUGAGAAUGAUGUUGAUUUUGAAGACGAAUUGAAAAAGAAGAAGAAAACAGUUAAAUCUCAGAAGAAGAAGAAAUCAGUGCAGAAAGUAACAGAAGAAAAGCUUGAUAGUGAAGGAGAAGAAAUGUGAGUUUUGGUCAUUGUCAUUUCUACUUUCUGCCAUUUUCAACAUUACAAAAAAAGCCUUGGAAAAUAAGAGUGUGGAAAGUGAACCUCAGGAUGAUUAACAAAUAUUAGUAACUGGAUAAUAAUAUGAAUUUAGAUUAGAUGUAAUGAUUGGAGAUUAUUUAAACAAUGACUUCUUUAAAAUUCUGAUUUAUACAGGCCAUAUAUUGAAAGUGUUGUCAGGACCAAGAAAAAGACAAACUAUUAUAAAGGUGGCAGAUCCAAGUCUAGAAGCAGGAGUCGAGGUUCAAAAACCAUUACCCCCGAAGCAACUGAUGUUAAACAGAAUAAUUGGUUAGCCAUGUUUUUUAGUCAUGGGUCUUAUGGCCGGUUCAUGUUGAGAAAUGCUUUUCCCUUCAUUCUCACCAAUAAGGAAACAUGUUAAAUAACAACUAACUUAGAAGAAAAUUAGUUUUGAUUCUGUUUUUUUUUUAGGGAUAAUAUAUUUCUGGUACAUUAAAGCAUGAUGCCAGCUCUGUGGCUCAAAGAUAACAAUACCUCCCUUUAAGGACAGGAAGUAAUGGGUUGUAUUUUUAAUAAUUGGUUGGGAUAAGCUGUGUCUUCCCCACUAAGUUAGCCAGAUAUUUCUCUUUUGUCAUAUUCAUACAUUUUUUUUUUUGUUUUGCUUGAUUUGUAACUACAGUGAACAAAAGCGAAAGAGAGGGCCUAAAAAAAAUCAAGAACCUGAGGCAACACCAAAACCAACUCGCAGGUCUCGUCGAAAAAUGAAUGAUGAUGAACCCCCAGAAAUAAUUUUCUCUCCCAACAUCUCAAAACAAGAGUUAAAGCGUCUGACCAUCGAUGGCUUCCAGAACCAGUUCAGCACCCGUCGCAGUAACACAAGCAGAGAUGGCAGUGUCAGUGGAGAUGUUAAAGAAGAGUCAGGACCAUCUGCAGAAUCAGACCACAUGAAGAACAUUGAGAAAGCUGUGUCAAAACUUAAUGCCAAUGCCCUAAAGGAUGUUUGUGAUGAAACUUCUAAACUGCAGCCAAUCAUAUCUUCUGAUCUUCAGGACAAUUCAUUGCUAUCCAAGAAAGGAAGUUCUAGGAGGAAGUCAACAC